AGUUUAGAUAUUUUAAAUUUUAAUCAAUUGGUUCAUUGAAAUAUUGAAUUGAGUUCAUUCUAUUUUUUCAAUUCUUGUUCAGUUUUAAUUGGUAAGUCAUAAGUAAUAACUCGUUUUUAACGAAAAUGUCAUAUGAUUUCAAGAAAGACGAAGAUGUUAAAGAAUAUAUUAAAAACUUAGGGAUUGAAUAUAGAUUUGGCUGUUUUAGUGAAAAGGAUCCUCAAAUAUGUCAGUUACUUGGUGAUUACUUAGAGACAAUAGAAAACAACCCAGAUAAGGCAGCCAAAAUAUAUAAGGAAAAUUGUGAUGAACGGAACUUUGGUCGCAGUUGCUAUAAGUAUGCUUCCUACAUGGAAAAAAAUAACUUGAAAAAUCUCAAACCAGUAAUUCCUGAGAUGAUAAGAUAUUUUCAAAAAGGUUGUGAGUACAAUUGGUCUGACGGAUGUUUUGCAGCUGGAAUGAAACUUCGUUAUCAUAGUGAUUCAAUAACUGAUGUUGAUAAAAGAACAAAAAGUUUACUUAAAAGUCUGCAAUACUUAGAAAAAGCAUGUAACAACAAGCAUUCAGAAGCAUGUUAUGUAGCCAGCAAUAUUCAUUUUGCUGGCAUUGAGGAAAUUGGAUUAGAACCUAAUAAGCCCAAAUUUUUAGAAUACUCAAUAAAAGCUUGUGAUCAAAAUGAAUUGAAAGGUUGUGUUAAUGCAUCUAUAGUUUACAAAAAAGGAGACGGUGUACCUAAAGAUAUGAAUCUUGCUCAGAAGUAUAAAGAAAGAGCAUUAGAUAUACAAAAGCAAAUCAAAGAAGAAAAAGGUAUCAAGUUUAGUUAAUGGUUUAACUUUGAUCGUUUCAUAAUUGUUAUUAGUUAUCAUUAAAACAAAAUUGACGAGUUUUAUAUUUGAAAUUAAUUAUUCUGAUUUUUAAUGUUGUUCAUUGGUUAUUGUUAUUCAUAUUAAUAAACAGUUGAUCUAUUUAUUCAACGUUAAGUUUUGGAGGAC